CAAAAUUGCAUUUCAAAAUAAAGAAAAGUGCAACUCAGGCAGGAGAAGACUGAACCGACAAACAGCCAACAGCGCAUACACAACGACGACGACGAGACCAGCCAAGAGCAAGAGAGCAACGCUGAGGAAGCAACGAGCACAGAGACUGAGCUGAUCUGUCUGGCUGGCGAGCUGGCUGGUGACCACCAGAAGCAAAAAAGCAAAGGCCACACGCGCGCGCUCUCCCGUUUUCUCUCCACACAAACACACAAACACACACACACGACACAAUGGUGCUUCUCUCUGCCGCAGUCUGCACAAAGGCAGGCAAAGUGGUUGUGUCCCGUCAGUUCAUGGAGAUGUCAAGGUCCCGCGUCGAGGGUCUGUUGGCAGCCUUCCCCAAGCUCAUGAACUCCGAUGACCAGCACACCUUCAUCGAGACCGACACGGUGCGGUACGUGUACCAGCCGAUGGAACAGCUCUACAUGGUGCUCAUCACCACAAAGAACAGCAACAUCCUGGAGGAUCUGGAGACGCUGCGCCUCUUUGCCAAAGUGGUACCAGAGUACUGCCGCUCCUUCACGGAGAGGGAUGUCGCCGCCCAUGCCUUUGAGCUCAUCUUUGCCUUUGACGAGAUCAUCGCCCUCGGCUACAGAGAAAACGUGGAUCUGUAUCGCAUCCGCACGUACACGGAGAUGGAGUCGCACGAUGAGCAAAUCUUCAAGAUGCGCCAAAAGGCGAAAGAGCGCGAGGCGAAGGACAUUAUGAAGCGCAAGGCAAAGGCGCUGCAGAAGGAGCGGGAGCGGGGCCGCGGGUUUGGCUCCACCGGCAUGUCAGGCAUGGGCUCUGCCUCGUUUAUGCCGCAGCAGGAUGUCGCCCCUGUUGCCCCGUCAGUCGCCGCACCAUCAACCCCAACACAGCGCUCCGCCCCCGCGAAAAAGCCCGGCCGUGGCAUGAAGCUUGGCGGCAAGUCCAAGGGCAAGGACUUUGUUGAUGCGCUCAUCCAGGAGGGAGAGGAGGUCGCACCAGACACUGCAGACAUCAUCGCACCGUCCAAGACGCAAGCCGCUGCCCCUGUUGCCACACCAAACAGAGAGAGCGUGCACUUGGCGGCAGAUGAGAAGAUUACGCUUGAAGCCAACAGGGACGGCGGCCUCGAACACAUGGAGGUGAAGGGCACGUUGACCGUGUUUGUGUCAGACCCGGAGGUGACGCGUAUCCGCAUCAACUGCGAUAAGGGACCAAAGUCCAUCCCCUACCAGACGCAUCCGAACAUUGACAAGCGCACAUUUGGGGGCAGCGGGGUGAUUGGGCUGAAGGACAAAGAGCGCGGGUUCCCUGUUGGCACGGGCGUCGGCGUCCUCAAAUGGCGUUUCCAGACCACGGACGACGCACACAUCCCGCUCUCUAUCAACUGCUGGCCAAACCCGAACGCGGACGGGUCGUGCGAUGUGAACAUUGACUAUGAGCUGCUUGCAGACGACCUGCAGCUGCAGGACGUGACCAUCACCGUGCCGCUCCCGGCCCACUCUGGUGCCCCCGUCGUCGCCCGCGCAGACGGCGCAUACGACCACGACAGCCGCAAUGGUGUACUGCUGUGGAGAAUACCUGUUGUCGACUCUGAGAACCCGGAGGGCUCCAUCGAGUUUACGACAAAUGGUGGCGAUACGGACGACUUCUUCCCUGUUCAGGUUGACUUUGCGUCGUCGAAGCUGUAUGCAGGGCUGCAGAUCAACUCGGUCGAGGUCAUUGGCGGCGGCGACACAACCUUCUCCUCAGAGGUCUCCUUUGCCCCCGCCAGCUACGAGAUUGUCUGACCAGGGCCGUUGCUUUGCUUCUUCAUGGCCGCAUUGUGGCAAUGUUUUGUGUCUGUUGGCAAACAGCAGUGUCUUCUUUUUUGUGCGUGCGUGUGUGUCCGUAUGUCGUUCCUGUUAUCGCUGGAAACCACAAUACAUGUUUGACGUUGG